AUGGAUGCCAUAAGCAACAGCGUGACCGAAAAUUCGUGUAAAAGGGCCCUAAAUUAUUUGAAGGAGAAGUAUCAGAAUAUGGACAUCUUCGAUGUGAGUGGAACGACAACCAUAACUGAUGAGACAAUAAAGGAAUUCAUGCAGUCGAGCAUUCUAUGCCCAAAUGACAAACAGAUAGUAGAACUGUUUAAUGAAAAAAAAAUAAAUAAACUUAUGUUAAUUAAUUAUAUGGAACGGAAAGUAAAAACAAUGUUUCAAGGAAAGAUCCAUUUAUUGUUAGUACUUACUUCCCCCAUCUGGAUUACCUACAUGCUGCUCAUAUCGAAAACAUUAAGGGCAAAAAUUUUUACCUCCAUUGCAGCCUCAUGUAUGUUUUUUAAUUUUUUCGCUUCCUUCCUGCUCCACAAUUUUGAAUGGAAACCUGAGUUAUAUUUCUUGAUUGAGAAGAUUGAUCACAUGGGCAUUUUUCUAAUGAUUAGUGGAUCCUGUUUACCAGUACCAGCACUGAUUUUUAACAAGAUACAAUUUUUAUACUAUAUUAUAUUACAAGGGCUGACGUCCCUGUUUGGAUGCUUAUUCAUAUUCUUCAGCCGCUUUAGCACGGGAAAUAGGAUUACGCGGGCCUGUACUUAUGUCAUAGCUGGGUUCCUGCAUGCCUUAUUUUUGAAGGACUAUAUAAUGGGCCUCAUGGCCAAGGAAAUCACGUUUUUCUUUCUUUUGGCCGCGCUCUACUGCCUAGGGGCCGUUGCGUAUUCCAUGAAGAAGCCUAACCCCAUUAAAGGCGUUAUCGGGUUCCACGACGUUUUCCACAUUUGUUGCCUCAUCAGUGGUCUAUUCACAAUGGCCUUAAAUUGUAGUGUCAUCAGGAGAAAUACAUGA